AUGAUUUGCACGGAAGAACUAUUUGUCUCCAGAAAUAAUUCCCUACACAAGGAUUGCCCUCCAGAUUGUUCUGGAAGAAAGAGAGUCAGGAGAAUCCCACUCAGAAAAAGCUACUGCUGGCUGAGAGGCUGUUGCCCAGGCAGAGAUGACAAUUGCGACUUUCAAUAUGAUGCCAGAAAUGCCACAUGCUACUGUGAUGAGUUUUGUACUUCUGAACCUCCUGAUUCUAUCGAUUGCUGCCCGGACUUCUGGCUGGUCUGCCACAAGCAUACUCCUGAGCAUGUAAGAUCUCAGGUACAGCAAUGGGAUUGCUUCAAAGAUGGACAGCAUUAUGAAGAAGGAGCAACAUUUAAAGAUAACUGCAACAGUUGUAAGUGUGUAAACAGUCAUUGGAGAUGCGCAGACGAAACCUGCCUCAUUCAGCCCAAAUUAAUUGAGCAAAUCAACAGUGGGACCUAUGGAUGGAAAGCUGAUAAUUACAGCCAGUUCUGGGGAAUGAGCUUGAAAGAAGGUUUCAAUUAUCGUCUUGGCACAUUUCACCCAUCGGCUGCCCUGUUGGACAUGCGACCUGUCACAGAAAACACAGCAGCUGUUGCGGACUUCCCCGAAUUCUUUAUGGCUUCCUACGAAUGGCCAGGCUGGAUUCAUGAUCCUUUGGACCAAAGAAACUGUGCAGCAUCCUGGGCAUUUUCAACUGCAAGUGUAGCUGCAGAUAGAACAGCAAUUCAUUCCCAAGGCCAUUUCACAGACAAUCUUUCGCCUCAGAACCUGAUAUCUUGUGCCAUUAAGAAUCAGCAAGGAUGCCAAGGAGGAAGCAUAAGCAAUGCUUGGUCUUACAUCACAGAGUAUGGGCUGGUAUCCCAUGCCUGCUAUCCUUUAUUCUGGAACCAGCUUCACCCGAUGACUUGUGCCAUUGCAAGUGUGUUUGAUGCUGAGGGGAAAAGACGGCCCACAAAGCCGUGUCCAAAUCAGUUUGAAACAUCAAACCGCAUUUAUCAGUGUGGCUCUCCCUACCGAAUCUCUUCAAAGGAGGCCGAUAUAAUGAGAGAAAUCAAAGAAAAUGGUCCAGUGCAAGCCAUCAUGAAAGUAUAUGAUGAUUUCUUCCUUUACAAGAGUGGGAUUUAUAGGCAUACCAUUAGAGAACCACAGUAUGAGCACCAGGAGAGACUCCAUUCUGUCAAGUUAGUUGGGUGGGGUAUGCUAGAAGAUGCAGAAGGACAAUGGCAAAAAUAUUGGAUUGCUGCAAAUUCCUGGGGAAUCUCCUGGGGAGAAAACGGCUAUUUCAGAAUUUUACGAGGACAAAAUGAAUGUGAUGUUGAAAAACUGAUCAUAGCUACCAAAUGUCACCUUUAA